AAAAUCAGAUGGCGUUAACGUCAGUCUCGACUGGCAUUAAUGCCAGGCUGUACACAGCUGUAAACCAACAUGCUGUGUGCAAGUGAUGCUCUCUUCUCUCUAUAGUCUCUCAAAGUCUUAACGUUCCCCUUCAUUCCUCCCCCCCUCCGCCCUCCCCUCUUGUUCCGUACUAUCCCCUAGAGAGAGAAACUCCAUAAUAGAUCUCUCGUGCUGAGAGAAAUAGGGAGUUCUUUUGAUAUUCGGUUACCAGAAUCCCAAGACCAAAAUUUAGAAAACGACCAAGGUGAUGCCUCUAUUACUGCUACUUCUGCCGGAACAAGUGUUGUUUCCUAAUGCUGCCACUACUGAUGCGCAUUGCGCACCGCCUCUGCACCCAUUCUCUUCCUCCAAUGUUUCCUGCACGCUUCCCCAUGUUCUCCAGCCUGUUUCUGUUGCUCCUCUCUCUUCUUCAUCUUUUUAACCAACUUUAAACUCUACUCUCUCUCUCUCUCUCUAACGCUCACUCGUAGUUUGGGUUUUGGUUGGGUUGGGUUGGGUUGGGUCUCUCGCUUUUCAAAAAACCUAACAGGAUAGAAAGGGCAGAGAGCAGACCCUGUGAGUUGAGUUAAUUAUGGAUCCCUGCCCUUUCGUGCGCCUCACCGUUGGCAAUCUCGCGCUCAAAAUCCCCGUUGCUUCUAAGCCUGCUCGCUCUGUUGUUCACCCCUCUUCGUCGCCGUGUUUCUGUAAAAUUAAGCUCAAGAACUUCACGCUCCAAACGGCAGUCGUCCCCUACAUUCCCCCUGAGAACAAUCAGUUCCCCGAGGGACAGGCUCAAACGCUUGCCGCUACCUUUCAUCUUAGUAAGUCUGAUCUCGAACGCUUAGUUGCAAAAUCUAUUUUUGCCGGGAAGCUCUGCCUUAAAAUCUCUAUCUACACUGGGCGUCGUGGCACCACAUGUGGCGUUAACUCUGGAAAGCUGUUGGGGAAAGUUUCCGUGCCGUUGGAUCUCGCGGGAACUGAGUCUAGGGCUUGUGUGUUCCACAAUGGGUGGAUUUCUGUUGGGAAAGAAGCUAAUAAAGGAUCCUCUGCUCAGUUUCAUUUGAAUGUGAAGGCAGAGCCCGAUCCGAGAUUUGUGUUUCAGUUCGAUGGCGAGCCAGAGUGCAGUCCCCAAGUGUUCCAGAUCCAAGGGAACAUUAGGCAACCGGUUUUUACUUGCAAGUUCAGUUUCAGAAACACCGGCGACCGGAAUCAAAGAUCUAGGUCAUUGCAAUCAGAGCCAAGCAGCUCUAGAAGCUGGCUCACCUCAUUUGGGAGCGAAAGAGAGAGGCCAGGCAAGGAACGAAAAGGAUGGUCAAUAACGGUACACGACCUCUCCGGCUCGCCUGUAGCUGCCGCUUCAAUGGUUACGCCCUUCGUGGCUUCUCCUGGCUCUGACCGAGUCAGCAGGUCUAACCCCGGCUCGUGGCUCAUACUUCGUCCUGGCGAUGGCACCUGGAAGCCAUGGGGCCGGCUCGAGGCUUGGCGCGAGCGCGGGUCUAGCGACGGACUUGGCUAUCGCUUUGAGUUUAUCCCGGAUACCAGCGGUUGCAUGAGCGCGGCCGGCAUUGUACUGGCUGAGUCUACUCUCAGCUCGCAUAAAGGCGGAAAUUUUCUUAUAGAUCUGGGCACCAACUACAACGGGCGCUCAACUCCGGGAAAUUCAAAUUCGCCGUUGUGUAGUCCGAGGAGUAGUGGGGAUUUUGGGUACGGGCUAUGGCCAUACUGCACGUACAGAGGGUUUGUAAUGUCAGCUAGAGUGGAAGGAGAAGGCAAGUGCAGUAAGCCCAGCGUCCAAGUAAGUGUACCGCAUGUGAAUUGCACGGAGGAUGCAGCUGCUUUUGUAGCGUUAGCUGCGGCCAUUGAUUUGAGCAUGGAUGCUUGCAGGCUUUUCUCUCAACGGCUCAGGAAGGAGCUGUGUCAAGACCGGGAUUUACUUGGCUGAUUCUUCUGCCUUGCUCUUUUUUACGUUGUCGUUUUAUGUUAAUUCUAUUUUUUUUUUUUUUAAUCUGGGUGGAUGGAUUUUGUAUUCCAUGCCGUGAGUUUCCGCUAACAAGAACUGUGUACAGUGAGAGAGCUUUAGACAGGCACGCUUUGUUUUUUUACUCGUGUGGCUUGUAUUUUUUUUUUUUUUUAUUAAUCUUGGAAGAAAAUAGUUUGUUUUGGAAA